AUUUCGACCAGACCGACCAACGCGAUUCUCAAAAUCAAAGCACGAACACUUUGAAUUGAAGCUUUACGUUUUCUGAGUUCCAACUUAACGCAAAUGGAUUUGAUUUCAUUUUUCAAUAUAAAAGCCACCCAGAUUUUAAUUCCAGCAAUCACAAACACGAGUAGCUUCUUAGCUUCACCUCGUAACUUCAGAUUACCAGUUUCAAACAAGUCCUUCACUGUCCUUGCUAAGAAGAGAAACUCAAACUCCAAGUCUGAUUCACUUCUCAAACAAAAUUUAGUUGAAGAAGUGUUAAUGGACGAAGAGGAAGAUGUUCUUUUUGAAGACUUUGAAGAUGAGGAGAUAAUGGACGAUGAUGUUGGAGAUUAUUUUGAAGAUGAGUAUGCAGAAGAGGAUAGUGAAGUCUGUGCUGGGGAUGGAGGUGAAGGAGGUGGAAUAUCCCUUGCUGGGACUUGGUGGGAUAAAGAAGCUUUGGCUAUAGUAGAAGAUGUCUGUCUGUCUUUUGAUGGUGUCUUGAAAUUAUACGCAUUCAAGACUACGCGUAAUUGCAUUAUUCGAGUGCGCAUUGAGAAUAUGUCAAACAGGUCAGGUUCCCCGAGUAUGGAAGACAUUGAAGCUUUUUCUGCAACCUAUAGAGCUAAGCUAGAUGAAGCAGAGAAUGCAAAAUCCAUACCUGAGAACAUAUCUUUGGAGGUUUCAUCUCCUGGUGUUGAAAGGGUAGUUAGAAUUCCACAAGAGCUGGAACGGUUCAAGGAUCGACCUAUGUAUGUGAAAUAUGUCAGUGAAGUGGCUGCAACAGGUUCAUCUUCAGAAAGUGAUGGUGUUUUCAGGCUUAUCUCUUUUGACCUGGAAACACAAUGUUGCACCUGGGGUUUGGCAGAUGUGAGAAUUAACAGAGAAAAAGCAGGGAAAGGAAGACCACUCAGCAGAAAGCAACGGGACUGGCGUUUAGAUACAACAUUUGAUUCCUUGCGUUUGGUCCGAUUGUACUCUGAUUGUUGAAUUUUGUUUUCUAGUUAUUUUUUAAUCCAUUAAAUUAUGUGUUUUCAUCAGAAACUCCAUAAAGAAGCCAGGUAUGUUAACAUAAUGAGUUCUCUGAAUGCCAUUAGACAGGACCAAUCUGUGUA